CCAACAACAUGGAGGACGAGGUGGAAGUUGACAUCGAGGGAGACGAGUUGGACCCCGGCCUGAGGGAGCCGGACGGAGGAGGUCUGGUCCCGGAGCCCUUCAUGCAGGCCGCGUGGAGGAGCAGCGCGGGCAGACUGCCAUGGCAACUGGACGGCUCCAUCAGCUCGGAGAACAGGGAGGUCAUCGAGAGGAUGCUGCUGGAGGAACAAUACUACCUGACGGGGGAGGGGCUGCCCAGCCACAUCUGGGACGACGCAGACAACAAGCCCAAAGCGAAGAAGUCUCCAGCCAAGACGUCGGCCUCCGGCUCCGCCGCCGCUCGCUGGUCCAGACAGGAGAAAGACCUGUUUGAGGACGGACUGGCUCAGUUCGGUCGACGGUGGACUAAGAUCGCCAAGUUGGUCCGCAGCCGUUCAACUUUUCAGGUCAAGAGUUAUGCCCGACAGUAUUUUAAACACAAGACGAAAUCAGAACCCAGAGCUGCAGCGCCCCCUGCUGGCCCCGCGCUGCACCCGCAGCCUCCUCAGCCGACAUCCAGCCGAGCGUCCGCGCUGACCAACGCCGUCCGCAUCGAGAAGCUCUCCGAUGAAGAGGACGAGGAGGUGGACAUCACCGACGACCUGAGCGGCGCCGGCGAGGAUGACGCCGGCGGGGAACCGCACGGCGAGCUCCGAACCCGAACCGACCUCGGUGAGCCGGAGCGGCCGGCGGACGCGGAGGAGCAGAGGGACCCGGGUCCGACCUCGCCGCCCCCGCCGAGUCCCCGCCCCUCGUCUUCCCUCACUUCCCCGGAGGAGACCGGCACGCACAACGAAUCGGAGCCCCUCCCUCCAGAGAACCCGGAGCGAUCGACCAAUGAGAACGAAGACCGGGGCUCCCGGUCCGAGGGCCCGGCGGGGACCGGCCGCCCGGGAGACGCCCGCGGCGAUGACACCGGUAAGACGGAGCCGAGUCCAGCCGACGGGCCGGAAGACGAAGAGGAGGAGGAGGAAGAAGAGGAGGAGGAGGAGGAGGAAGAGGAGCUGCUCAGGGCGCCUGAGCAGGAAGUGGAGAUGGCCAUGGAGACCAUCACCGAGGAGGAGAAACGAGCCAUCCCAGAGUUCUUUGAGGGACGUCCGUCUAAAACGCCCGAGCGGUACCUGAAGAUCCGGAACUACAUCCUGGACCAGUGGCUGAAGAGCAAACCCCGGUUCCUGAACAAGACGUCGGUCCGGCCCGGCCUGAAGAACUGCGGCGACGUGAACUGCAUCGGGCGGGUCCACACGUACCUGGAGCUCAUCGGCGCCGUCAACUUCAACUGCGAGCAAGCGGUCUACAACCGGCCGAAGGUGGUGGACCGCUCUAAGCACAAGGAGGGCCGAGACGUCAUGGAGGACUACCAGCUGGCCCAGAGGCUGCAGAGCAUGCGGACCAGGAAGCGGCGCGUGCGCGACACCUGGGGGAACUGGUGCGACUCCAGAGACCUGGAGGGGCAGACCUACGAGCACCUCAGCGCCGAGGAGCUCGCCCUGAGGAGGGAGGAGAUGAAGAGGAGGCAGCCCAGGCCCUGCAAGACCUCCAGGUUCAGAGGGUCUUUCGAUCCCUUCCAGUUGAUUCCCUGCAGGUCUUUUGGGGAAGGUGUGCAGGAACCUUUCCAGGUCAUCGUGUGUGCAGAGACUCUCCUCAUCAUGGACAUGCAUGCCCACGUGUCGCGUGGCGAGGUCAUCGGGCUGCUCGGGGGAACCUUCAAUGAGGAAGAGAGCGUGUUAAAGAUCUGUGCAGCCGAGCCGUGCAACAGCGUGAGCACCGGCCUGCAGUGCGAGAUGGACCCGCUGUCCCAGACGCAGGCCUGCGACGUGCUGGCGUCGCUGGGCUUCAGCGUGGUGGGCUGGUACCACUCGCACCCCACCUUCCACCCCAACCCCUCAGUGAGGGACAUCAACACGCAGAGCCAGUUCCAGAGCUACUUCUCCCGCGGCGGAGCCCCCUUCAUCGGGAUGAUCGUGAGCCCGUACGACCCGGCCAACCCCUCCCCCCACUCCCAGACCACCUGCCUGCUGGUGAAAGAGAGCCAGGGGCCCUCAGGCCCACAGAAUCUGCCCUACAGAUUUGACUUCUCGUCAUCACAAGACAUUCCAGACUGGGAACAGACGCAGAGGAGAGCUCAGUGGAUCAUCCACAAAUACUGUCAAUCACCCGGGAGUGUGCAGAUGGACAGAUUAUUCCGGAAAGACUCCCACCUCACCUUCCUGGAGAAGAUGCUGUCGUCUCUGGCCCGGUACCUGGAGCCCCUGCCGGGUGAGGAGGGAGACCCCUUCCUCACCCAGAUCCAGGCCGACUUCAUGGCCCGGCAGCAGCCGUCCGACCAGGAGGAGGAGGAGCAGUCUCCUCGCGCCUCGGACUCGGAGGACUUUGCUUUUGAUCAGCUGAUCGGCGAGGAGAAGCCUCCGGAGGGAGGAGGAGGAAGAGGCUCUGAUCCGGACUCUGGCGGAGCUUCAGACGGCUCGGAGGCAAACGGUGCCGCAGUUUUACAUCUGGGCUCCGUGUUGUCGAGCGACUAUUUACUGUGACGGACAAUGUGGCUCAAACUGUAUUUAAAGUAGAAACUCUUUUACGAUGAGCUCAGCAUCAGUAUUACCAGCUCGUGCUCAUCGAGUAUUUUUAACACAUUAGUAAGUGUACUUCUUUUUAUAAUAAGUGCUUUCACCAAAAACUAGAAAAAGGGAGAGAAUGAGAAAGAGAGAGAGAGAGAGGUGCGUGUUUGCGUUAUUUCUCAGUUCUGCAAGUUUCUUUGAAACAAGAAAAUAAAAAAUAGAUUUAUAUA